AUGGGGAGUGGCGGCGGCGGACGCGGGGCGGGCAGCGCCUGGUCGGGGACCCCGAAUCGCCAGAGAGUGCCCCCGUGGAAGAGGAGCAGCAGUGGCAGUCGCCCUCCUCGCAGCAGCUACGUGGUGUGUGACGGGUGCAGCAGAUGGCGCUACUGCAAGAAUAUCACCAGCAAAGGCGACCUCUGCAUCUGCGGCAAGAAUCUCGCCUGCCUCGUCCCUGACGGACACGUUUUCCGUGACGAGGAUGGUGGGUGGGUGGCAGCACAGCCCCAAGGAGGAACCUCGCCCAGGAUCAGCUGGGCAGAUGGUUGGCAGCCAGGAGGCGGUGCUGGCGGGAAAGGGCAAGGAGGCCAACGCCAGCCACCACCUCACGACAAGACCGCCGAUCUCAAGGCCGCAGCCGCAGCAGCAUACGGCAAACUCAGCAAGGACGACCCGCUCAGGCAGCACUACGAGGCCCUCUGGCCAGAGCUCGCCGCAGCCAAGCCACCAGCAGAUCAACCAGUCGUUGGAUUCAAGGCAGUGGAGGCAGCAGCUCGGCGCUUGGACAAACUCCAGAAGAAGGUACGAUCGGCAGGGGAGCAAGUGGAGAGUGCCCAGCAGUACUUGGCUGAGAGUGAACGCAAGCUUCGUGAAGCUAUGGAAGCCUCCAUUGCAGCAGAAGAUGAGUUCGACAAGCUCAAGGCCACAGUCGGCAAGCAAGAGGCACCAGCCGAACCCGCAGACGAGAAGCCAACGCUGGCAGCCCUCCUGGAGCAGUUCGAGCACGAGCCUGAUGACUUCCACAAGUGGUCCGAGCCUGACAAGGAGGUCUGGCGAGCUGCAAAGGCCAAGGGCGAGCGCAUGGCCCAGACGGUCAAGGAGCACGAGGAGGAGACGGCGAAGCACCUGCGACUUCUGGAGGAAGAGACGGCCAGGCACCAGGAGCAGCUGCGCCAGCUCGAGCAGGCCCGCACCAAGCGCCUGUCAAAGAGCGGAGAGCCAGACCCAGAAGCAGCAGAAGCCCCACCAGGCAAGCGUGUGCCACCACAGGCGCUGAGGCAGCAGGGUCAGCUGUUGCGGCUGCGCCUAACGGCGCCGCGGCAGCUGCCCAACCAGAAGCAGGUGCAGCAGAACAUGACAAAGCAGAGGGACGCCGAGCUAGAGUGGAGGCCCACAUCCAGGAGGCGCGGGAGAAGGUCUCGCAGGCCAAACGCGCCGAGACAGUCGUCGACGCAGAAGGGCAAGGUGACCACUCAGCAGGGUAGCCGCCCCAAGGCGAGCGCGAAGAAGGCUCGCCGCCCUUACCACAUCGACUUCUUCAAUGCCACGACCUGGGGCCCCCAGGCACAGGGCUACCUCAUGGAGAUCAACGACACCAAGGACAGGGACAUCAUUGGCAUCGCGGAGCACCACCUCCGCCAGCCUGCGCAGAUAGGCAAGGCAAGAGCGGCGCUCAGGAGGAAUGGCAUGCACAGCUACUGGACCAAGGCACGGCCAGGAGAAGGAGAAGGCACUCGAGGUGGAACGUGUGCCAUUACGCGAGGAUCCUUGGACGUCCAGGACAGGAUCGCGGGCUUCGACGAGCACUACCUGCACGAGGACGGCAGCGACGUCACGGUGGUGAUCUCCAACCUGCACAAGGUCCGCUUCGCAGUGGCCUUCGUCUACCUUGAGUGUGGGACGGGCUUUGGAGAGAGGAGCGUCGACAUCCUCUGCGACCUGCGGGAAAAGAUGGCCGGCCUGGCGCCGCAUUUUGACCAGCUAGAGCUGCUCAGGACCGUGCCGUGGAAGCCGCACAUUGGCAUCCGCUUGAAGCUGAGAGGGCGGCCUCUAAAGCUCAAGGGCAGGGUACUUCGCAGGCCAGCAGCCAUAAAGCCACCAGUCGCAGUCGAGAGAAUGCCGAAGUCCAGAGCCGCUUGCAGGCGAGCGGCGCGAGGAGGCCAGGAGGCCAUGCGUCGACGUCAGCAAGCGUUGGCAGAGGCAGGAUGCGACCAUGAAGAAAACGACAUGGAGCCAGUGCCGCAGCUGUACUACGACAAGGAGGCCCAUCACGUCAUCCCUGACGAGCUGUGGCAGGCCACCUCCGAGAGGGUCAACUUGCGUGUCUACGACGAGUUGCCCCAGCACUUGCAGCACACUGUCGUCGGCAAGAUGAUGGAGCGGGACAUGCUGGAUCUGGGGCAACAGUACGACCACUUCGCUAGCACACUCGAGCUCAGCCUGUGCGAGAGCAUCGGCAUCCCAGAGGAAGAGCGAGGACGUCAUCUCGGGCACAGCAGGCCCCCGAGCUACAAGAGCGCGCGCAUCAAGGACACCGUCACCUCUACGCCAUGGGCAGGGGUUGAAAGGAAGAUCCAUGCGUGGUGGGCGGAGAUCUCCUCCUUGGUGCGGCAGCUCUCGCACCGCGACGCCCGAGCGCAGGAGGCAGCGGCAUGGCGACAGGGCAAGACCCAUGCACCUCCCGAUGAGGACUCGGGAGGAGGACAGGGCCCGUUGGAGUCGGAGCCUGGCCCCGUCAUGUCGGGCAGCCAGGAAGGCCACGAAGAAGGCGACCCAGCACCAGCCUUGAGCCCAUCGAAGAGCUCGGGAGGAAGCUCGGUGGCACGCUCCCCCACCGAGCGGGGCAAGGGCCCCCCCGAGCUGCAGCAGCGGAGCGCAGGCAGUGGAGGCGCAGCAGGAGGCGACCCAGACCUCCACGUGGGACAAACCCACAGCACCGCAGACAGCUGCCCAGAAGGGAUGCACAGGGGUGCCCUUCCCCCACCAGCAGGGCGCAACUCCAUGGACAUCCAAGAUCACGACCCCUUCGAGGAUGAGGAGGACUACUUGGAGUACCGCCAGGAGAUCGCAGACCAGGAAAACAGCGAUGGGUACCACCAGCACAUCGAGGGGCAGCAGGCCAGCCUCGAGUCCAGCCAGACCGCUCGCCGUCGAGCAGCUGGACCUGAUUCUCACCCACCAGCAGGGCGCAGCACUAUGGACGUCCAAGACCUCGACCCCUUCGAGGAAGAGGAGGACCGCGUCCAGAACCGCCAGGAGUCCGCAGACCAGGAGGACUGCGAUGAGUACCACCAGCGUAUCGAGGGGCAGCAGGAUGGCAACGGCUACGGCCAGACCGCACGUCGUCAGGCAGCUGGAUCUGAGGCAGAUGAGCAACGAGAUAUGGGCCUGCCCCCUUCAGACCCCUGGAAUGACGACCAACACCAGCGGGAGAGGGAAGACUACGUGGCCAUGAGAGACGACCUGGAGCACUGGGCGGCCAUCUGGAUGGAUAACUUGGUGCAGCUCCCCACGGACAACAGCAACUGGAUGCAGAUCUGUGUGCCGUUCCUGGAGACCAUCCUGGGAGGCGGAGGCAACAAUGGCAUGGUGAGACUGCUCAGGCGUAGGUACCAGCAGGCCGGCCUCAGCCACAUCAUCAGGGACCUCUGCGAGCGAGCAUGGAGAGACAUGCAGAACCACGACGCCGAGGCUUUCUCCAAGGACUUGCGCGAGAGUGGCCGCCAGACGCAGCAGCAGAUCAACACAAGACAGCAGCUUGCCCAGCAGCUCAACCAGCCUGACCCAGGCAGGCUGAACGAUGAAGGUGCAGCCAAGGACCAGCAGCAGGCCCUCCUCGCAGACCUGCACGCGAUAGCAGAGGGCGCCCUCGUGGACCCAGGGACGAUCAGCAGGGUAGCAGAGGAGGUAAAGAGCAUGGCCAAGCUGCUUACAAAGGCGGUGAAGAAGGCGUACAUCCACUGGGUGCACGACGCCACGGCAGGCAGUGCGAAGAUGGCCCACGCCUACACCAAAGCAGCGGAGCGCAGCCAUCUGGAGGACAUCCUAGAGCACGAGGGCCAGGUCAUCAACCACCCGCAGCAGCUGGUGGACUUGCGCAAAGAAGCAUGGCAACGCAGGUGGACACGAGAUGCGCAGAAGGCCGAGAGGAUCCAAGAGGCGCUGGCCAAGCUGAGGCAGGCUGCCCUGGCCCAAGAGAAUACCCUCGAGCCCAUCAGCAAGGACAUCAUAGGCUCCAUCAUCCAGCACCUGAAGAGCAAUGCAGGCCAAGGAGCGGACUGGUGGAGGGCUCCAGAGCUCAAGGCCAUGGGAGCCCAAGGGCUGGAAGACUUCGUGCAGUGCCUGACCAGCUGUGAGCAACGGGCAGCCUGGCCGUGGCAAUUCUACCUGGUGCUGGAGCUGCUGCUGGGUAAGAAGCAAGGAAUCGGGGGAGAGCGCCCCAUCGGCCUCAUGCCCAUGCCGUACCGCAUCUGGAGCGCAGCCAGGAGGCCCAUAGUAGCCACCUGGAGCAAGGCAGCGGCGGGCUUCUGGGAUACGGCAGUAGCUGGCUCCUCAGCGCUGCGAGUGGCAAUGCACAGACUUAUGAGGGCAGAAGCCGCCACGGAGAUGGGCUUUCAUGCAGCAGGAGUGUUCUACGAAGCGGCAAACUUCUACGACAACAUAGGCCUCGACCAGCUGAUCGAGAAGGCCAGUGCCCUCCAGUGCCCGUUGCUGCCGCUGGCAAUGGCCGUGCAGAUGUACCUUGCGCCCAGGGCCAUCAUGGCCCACAGCCUCUUCUCGGACAUCUUUGAGCCUACCAACAGCAUGGUAGCAAGCUGUGGCCAAGCGGUAGACCUCACCAGACCGCUCUUGUAUGGAAUCCUGGAUGCAGCGCACAGGCACCACAUCUUCGUCGUCAUGCAGCAGUACCUGGACGACUUGGCCCUGCAGGUAGAGGGCGCGCGGCGGCAGGUCAUUGACCAGAUCAAGCACGUGGCGGCGCUGGUGCACGAUGGUUUCAAGCAGCUCGCGAUCCCCAUCUCUGUCAAGACGGCAGUGGUGGCCUCGGACAAGGACCUCCAGGCAGAAGUCGCCAGCAUCCUGGACAGCCUGGGCACCCCCAACAAGCAACCAGGGGUGGUGCGCGACCUCGGCGUGGACACCAGCCUUGGAAAGCAGCUGCGGCGACCCACCCAUGCCGCGCGCCAGGCCAAGGCCAAGCAGAGGGUGGCCAAGCUCAGGGGCCUGGCGAAGACGGACGCCAGAGGCGCGGCAAAGGUCUAUGCAGCAGGUGCCUACUGCCAGCAGGCUUGGGACUUACCAGCGCACGGCAUCACGCCCACGGAGGCGAAGUUGGUCAGGGCAACGGAGGCAGCGCUCCUCACAGGCGGACACAAGGCUGGACGCUGCACGUCCACCAUCCUCCUGAUCCAGAGGGGUAUGCAAGAGGCAGUCACCCGAGCCAUCGGCGACCAGAUCAAGCAGUUCUGGCUCACCGUAGUCGACCACCCGACGGAGCUCAAGAGGUACCAGAGGGGCUGGCUCCUGCUCUACGCCAAGCUGGGCGCCCUGGAACCCAACCGCAGGUGGCAGCAGGCAGCCAUGCUGGAGACCAUAGCGGUGGCGGGCAUCUGGACCAGGGAGCGUCGCAGGGCGGCCAACCUCAACCAAGAAGGCGACGACACCUGCGCGAGAUGCGGCGAGGCGAUAGAGACAGAGGAACACCGCUACUAUGCAUGCCCUGCCAACGCAGAAAUAGGGCACAGCAAUGACACCGACCUGGCGAAGAAGGCGAAGGACGCGCUGGACCAGCGGCAGGACCUGCAUUUCUGGCUCCGAGGCAUCCCGCCAGCGGCCUGGGCAGCCAAGGUCGACCCAGACGAAGACGCGGCGAAGGCGGCGCAGAUCUUCUGCACCAGCGAAGAGGCACAAGCUGCAGCCCAGUCAGGGCACAAGGUACGAGCAGACUAUGUUUUUACGGAUGGCUCAGGUGGUGCAGGGGAAACGGCCAGGGACCCCCGCCUCAGACGCUGCGGCUGGGCAGUGGUGGCAUUCAGGUUCGACGAACAAGGGCGUCCGCAGGAAGUGGCUGCCUGGCACGGCACAAUCAGGGCACCGCACACGGUGCCACGGGCAGAGCUCACCGCCAUGAGCAAAGCCAUCGGGUACACCACGGCGGCGACAGCCAGGGGGCUCAACAUAGUCAGCGAUUGCAAAUGCGCCCUGGACGCACUCAAGCAGAUCCAGGACCCUGAGGAUCUGGACUACAGGAGCACGAACUGCGACCUCUGGCUCCAGACGAAGCAGCAGCUACAGAACAGCACGGACACCAUCAUGGGCCACCACAUCCCGAGCCACCUGAUUGAGCACCCAACCGAGCUGGAGAGGUGGAAUGGUCCCACCUGGUGGGUCAUAGGUAACGGGAUGGCAGAUAAGUACGCGGGUUGGGGGGCGGAGCACGGAGCACUGGAUCCAGAUAUCAUCGUGCAGCAGCAGAUCAGAGACCAGAUCACCAUGGCGGUGCAGAACCGACUGCUGGCCAUCAACAUGGCGGCGACGGUGGAGGACCCCAACAAGGACCAGCACGGCAACGUCAGGCUCGACUUCAAGGCGGUGCAGAUCGGCACGCAGGUGGUGCACGGCUCCCACAAGACGCAGUGCACCCAUGGCUGGCUCUGGUGCGAGAAAUGUGGCGGCACCAGCUACCUUGGGGACCACAAGAGCAGGAUCGUGGCAGGAGUGGCAAGGAAGCUGGCAAGGCCAUGUCAGCCCCCAGCAGCAGCAGGGCGGCGAGUCUUGGAGGACAUGCAGAGGGGCAAGCUGCCUAGAGGAGCUAAGCCAGCAGCAGACCCAGCUGAUGAGGGUCUCGACGAGAUCACCAUGCCAGGUGAAUUCAAGCUCGGCCAGACUAACCACGAGGUGAUCGAUCUGGACGGGGACAGCUCAGAGGCAGGGGACCCGCAGCCAGCUCCGCAGCAGCCACCCAGCCAUCCGUACUCUGUCGUCCACGCCAGCUUGAGGCUCGUCGACCACAUGGAGGGCUACGCAGAGCUGUGGAUGAACAUGGUCGACCAAGGGGUCUGGGACGAUAUGGACGACUGGACGGACACGCAAGAGCAGACCAGGGCCGUCACCGCGCAGGAGAUCCAGCAGAUAAAGGACGUCUGCGAAGAAGUCUGGCGCAACACGCACCGCACGCGACGGAGGCUCAUGACCAGGAUGCUUACCCUCCCGUAUGGCGCAUGGCAGCAGGCAGCAAGAGUGCACAUGGACGCCUUUCACAACAGAAGGAACAACAUCAUUGCGCACAGCAUCCCCAGCAGUGAGCGCAGGCCGCUGCCGAGAACAGCGGAGGCCAGCCGAGAGUGGUCAACAGAGAACCUGGACGAUGAAGACUCGACCCCAGACAGUGAAGCCCCAGAGCUGGAGGGCGAGCCGAGCAGCCAGGAGAUGGAGACCAUGGCGGGACCUGAUCAGAGGCACGACGCCAACAGCCUGAUGCAGACGGCAGUGCAGGUGGCAGUAACGCUGACCAAGCCAGUGGGGCCCGACCUGAUGAAGUUCGUGAGCGAAGCUGACGAGGCUGGCUUGCUCCACCCAAGGCUUCGACACAACAAAGGAGAAGCUGACCAGGACCCCGAGCAGGAGGUGGCGUGGCUCGAGAGGAACAGGCUCGAGCAGCUCAUGCAGUCGCUGGCAGGCUGUUGGAGCCAGAAAGAGGGCGAGCUGGGCUGGCCAUCGUGGCAGGCCGCGUGCGUGCCCCAUGUGCUGAGGGCGCUGCAGACUGGCGCCUACCAGAGGCUUUUCAGCCACGUGUCAGGGACGAGCCGCCAGCGCAGCCAGCGCCGAGCGGCGGAGGAGAUCUGCCGCCUGGCAUGGCUCAACAGCGGAGAGGAGCGCAGACAGAUCCAGCAGCAGGACCCGAAGGAGGCAGAGCGGCGCAGAGCAACGGCUGAGCAGAUCCUGGGCGUGACUGAGCCAGAGGUGAGGAGCCGCAGACGCAGCACCAAGGACAUGGCAGACCUCGACCACUUCCCUGAAGAGGAGAACAGAGAGGACAGCCCCCAGCAGGCCGUAGACAAGCAAAGCAGCGAUGACAACCACCAGCAGUUCCCAGAUGUACAGCACAGCAUAGGGCACCACCUGGCAGACCGCAGAGGACCCCAGCGUGGCGAGGGGCUAGGCCACGGAGGACCCCAGCGCGGUGAGGGGUUAGACCGCAGAUCCAAAGACAAGCAGAGGAUCGAGGCGGAGGUCCCUGACGAGCCCAGUGAGCAUGACGCGGACGUCUUGACCAACAGUGUGGUAGAUAGGACCAAAGGCAAGCAGAGGCUUGAGGCGGAAGCCUAUGACGUGCCCAGUGAGCAAAAAGCUGACCUUUUGACCAACAGUGUGGUAGACAGGACGGGGACAGUGCGAGACGCGGCGUACCCCCGCGCGGUGAGGGGUUAG